GGACUAAAGAGGAAGAAGGGGGGAUGUCGUACCUGCUGCCGCACCUGCACUCCGGAUGGGCUGUAGAUCAGGCCAUCCUAGCCGAGGAAGAGCGACUCGUCGUCAUCCGUUUCGGCCAUGACUGGGAUGAGACUUGCAUGCAGGAGAAAAUGGAUACAUGGUGAGAAGGAGAGCUUACUGGGUUUGCAAAACCAGACCUCGGCGUCCAUAGAGUUUUCGGGAGCCAAGAAAUCGACCCAAUUGGGUGUGUUUAUGCGCUCGUACAGCUCGUCCUCUACAAAUGGAUGAAGUGCUAGCAUCUGUUGCUGAGACAAUUAAGAACUUUGCUGUAAUAUAUCUUGUAGACAUUACCGAGGUGCCUGAUUUCAACACAAUGUACGAGCUGUAUGACCCAUCCACAGUCAUGUUCUUCUUCCGAAACAAGCACAUUAUGAUUGACCUUGGCACUGGAAACAACAACAAGAUUAACUGGGCUAUGAAGGACAAGCAAGAGUUCAUCGACAUCGUGGAGACGGUGUACCGUGGCGCAAGGAAGGGUCGUGGUUUGGUGAUUGCACCGAAGGACUACUCCACCAAGUAUCGCUACUAAGUCCACAUGCAGCAAGUUGAAGUUGAUUUGAAGUUUGUAAGAUCAUAUCCUGAUACCUUGCUGCAUAUGCAUUGUGUAAAAGCUGAAGUUAUUUGAAAACUUGAUGCUUUGAACUUGAAUUUGAAGAAGUCAAUGAUCACAAGGAGGGCUUUCUAUGCUUGACAUAAGCCCUGGGACAUGUACCAAAGAAGGGCUCUUUAAACGAAAUUAAAUACUACCGGCCCUAGCAUAUAAUAUCUAAAAUCAAGGUUGUUCGUA